AUGGAUGACUUGGAGCCGAAAAUCUCAAUUUUAUGUUUAGGACCUAAAGGUUCCGGUAAAACGACCUUACUGAAGAAGCUGCAGGAUGCCGAAGGGGUGGACUACACGUACAGUCCCGUGCCAACCAUUGGCACCAACAUCUACGAUAUCCAGUACUUGAACAAGCAGGGCAAGAAGCAAGUGGCCACUGUUCGCGAGGUAGGAGGAGAAAUGGCGUCGCUGUGGAACAACUAUUACGAUGGCAUUGAGAAGGUAAUAUUUGUUGUGGACACGUCCAACCUGUGUCAGAUCAGCGCCGCCGCGGUGAUGCUGUACACGUUGCUGGCGGAACCCAAGCUCAGGAAUGCCAAGUUCAUCUUGGUCCUCAGUAAGAUGGACGCAGCAUACAGACAGAUGCGUAACGAAGCACUGCUCAUGCUGCAGUUCGCUCGACUUAGUACUGAACUGAAGAAUGCCCCGGUGCUGCUAGAAGCUUCGCCUUUGACGGGAGUAGGCUUGGAGGAGCUAAGGAACCAUCUCGCUGAAAAUAAACGGCCUGUUGUUACAAUAAAAAUAUAGAACGUGAAUGUGGGUGGU